AUGCGCUCCACGUUUGCUUCUCGACGUCCAAAGACGAGGGUAGUUGCACGAGAUGACGAAAGUGAGGAAGAGGAGCAGACAAAAGUAGUCAAAGCUCCUCCGAAAUCAACAGAGCAAUCCCAAGGCAGUCUAUCUCGCCCAAAAGGGAAGAAGCGUUCCAGCCUACGGUUAUCCUUCGGCUCCGAUGCUUCCAUUGUCGAUGAUGAAGAAAGAGAGGUCUUUGCUCUCAGAAAGUCGACCUUAAGCCGGAAAGCGAUCGAGAAAAAUGCUGCCAGGAAGUCGGGCCUCUCGGCCGGAGUAAUUGGCAUGGAGCAUCUUAAUCUCACACCCAGUAUUGACAGGCCUACAUACUCGAAAGAACAUCUGGAUGAACUGCGGAGCAAUACACCUACAAUACCAUUAUCUCAACAGGCAGACUUGGAGGUUGAGGAUGUGGAUAUGGAUGUUGUUGGAGCGGAUGUCCCCGAGACAAACGAGAAUACAACAUUGACUAAAUACGGAGAAUCGUCAAAACAAGAAACAAUUAUUCCGGAUGAGGGCUUGGUCAGGGUUAUGAAAGCUCGGCGAGCGGAGAAGGCAGCAAAGGCUAAAGCUGAAGAUUACAUUUCCCUAAACAUUGGUAGUGAUGGUGGGAGUGGGGAGAUCCUUCUGAAGAGCAAAAAGAAGGAAUCAAGGAUACAACGGGCAGACGACAACCUGUACGAUGAAGAGGAGCUGGUAAAAUACAUUGAAGACGGCGGAAUAGUACUGGGUGGCAAAGCCGCGCAACGAGCGCAUGAUCGGAAGAGACGGGAGAACAUUCGAGAGGCUAUUAAAGAGGCAGAGGGUAUCCAUGAUGAUGCAAUGGAUAUGGAUUCAGAUUCUCGAGAUAGCUUGGUGGAAGAAUGGGAAAGGGACCAAAUUAGGAAAGGAGAUUUCUCGAAUUCCUCAGGCGGUGGGAUAGCCAGGGAUCUCGAAAUGCUAUCCAGACAGCCUCCGGAUGUUACGCCAUUACCCAAUCUUGAUGAUGCGCUGCGGAGGUUGGAAGAGACACUUGCGGCUAUGGAAUUCAAGAAAGCGCAGACGGUUCGACAGAUGGAGGCACUUCAGGCCGAGAAGCAGGAAAUAUCGGAGAGGGAGGCUAUGGUUCAGCAAAGACUUCAGAAGGCUAGCGAAGAGUACGAGAAACUUAGUGGAGGCCUGGGAAUCGGCGGGGGCGGUGGGGCUAGUGCUGUCGGCAGGGGAUUGGAAAGCUUUGGGAAUACCCCAAUUAGGGUUGAUAGGGAGACGUGA